GUUGUGGACGUUGGGGGCUCUCAUAAUUUGGUCGAGUAUCAUUCCUUCUCCUUCCCAUGCAAAACCAGCAGCAAGUGAUGCCUACCCCAUGGAAUCGGAAACGGUCGUGGAUCAAACACUGGACGCUCUCUUGGAGAUCAGCAAGUCGUUCGCCGAGGACCCGCUCGGAGUGCUCGGCGACUGGGACCCCGACACCAACCCGGACUGCUGCUCCUGGACCGGAAUCGCCUGCGACCCGGCCGCAGCCGGUCCGGUCGUACUCGGUCUCAACCUCUCCGGCUCGUCUCGCUAGCCUCCGCUCCCUCCCUCCCUCGCCCGCCUCGCUAGCCUCCGCUCCCUCGACCUCUCCUCGAACCGGCUCUCCGGUCCCAUCCCGGCCCAGCUCGCCCGGCUCACCGGCUUAGCCGCCCUCCUCCUCUACUCGAACCAGCUCUCCGGCCCCAUCCCCCCGGAGCUCGGCUCUCUCGCCAGCCUCCGAGUCCUCCGACUCGGCGACAACCCGGGCGUCUCCGGCCCGAUCCCCGACUCGCUCGGCGAUCCGGCGAACCUCACCGUGCUGGGUCUGGCCUCGUGCAACCUAACCGGCCCGAUACCGAGCCGGCUGGGCCGGCUGACCGGGCUCCAGAACCUGGUGCUCCAAGACAACCGGCUCCAGGGCCCCAUCCCGCCGGAGCUGGGCGAGUGCGCGAGUCUGGUCGUGCUCACCUUGGCGGGGAAUCGGCUCGGCGGAAGCAUCCCGAGCCGACUCGGAAGGCUGGGGAGUCUCCAGAUACUGAACCUGGCCGACAACUCGCUGGAGGGGCCGAUACCGAGCGAGCUCGGAGGGAUGGGCCAGCUGGUCUACCUCAACCUGAUGGGCAACCGGCUGGCGGGCCCCAUUCCGCGGUCGCUGGGCCGACUGGGCAGCCUGCAGACGCUGGACCUGUCGUCGAACGAGCUCGUCGGCGCCAUCCCGGGCGAGCUCGGCGGUCUGGGCCAGCUGGGCUACCUCGUGCUCUCCGACAACAGGCUCUCCGGCCCUCUGCCGGCCGACGAGCUGUGCGGCGGCGGCGGCGGCGGGGGGAGGUUAUCUCGGAGCCUGGAGCACCUGCUGCUGUCGACCAACAACAUCUCGGGCGAGAUCCCGGCGGGGCUGGCGGAAUGCCGGUCGCUGACGCAGCUGGACUUGGCCAACAACAGCCUGGCCGGCGCCAUCCCCCCGCAGCUCGGCCUGCUCCGCAACCUCACCGACCUCCUGCUCAACAACAACACCCUCUCCGGCCCCAUCCCCGCCGCGCUCUUCGGCAACCUCACCGACCUCCGGACGCUGUCCCUCUACCACAACGCGCUGCGGGGCCCGCUGCCGGAUCAGAUCGGCCGGCUGGCCCGGCUGCAGAUUCUUUACCUGUACGAGAACCAGCUCGACGGCGAGAUACCGGACGCUAUCGGCAACUGCUCCGGCCUGCAGAUGCUCGACCUCUUCGGGAACCAGUUCGCCGGGAGCAUCCCCGCCACCGUCGGCCGGCUGAAGGACCUCAAUUUCUUGCACCUGAGGCAGAAUGCCCUCUCCGGGGAGAUCCCCGCGGCGCUGGGCGACUGCCGCCAGCUCGCGAUUCUCGACCUGGCGGACAACCGGCUGUCCGGAGGGAUCCCGGCGAGCUUCGGGCUCCUGGGAUCGCUCGAGCAGCUGAUGCUGUACAACAAUUCGCUCGAAGGGAGCGUCCCCGACGAGCUGUUCGACUGCCGGAACAUCACCAGAGUGAACCUCUCCAACAACCGCCUCGCCGGGAGCAUCCUCCCGCUCUGCGGCUCGACGUCGCUGCUCUCCUUCGACCUCACCAACAACUCCUUCGACCUCGAGGUGCCCGCGCAGCUGGGGAACUCGCCCAUGCUCGAGAGGAUCCGCCUCGGCAGCAACCGCCUCGUCGGGGCGAUCCCCGCGACGCUCGGCGCGGUCGCCGCCCUCUCCCUCCUCGACCUGUCGAGCAAUUCGCUCUCCGGAGAGAUACCCGACGAGCUCGCCGCGUGCGGCAAUCUCGGCCACAUCAUCCUCAGCGACAACCGCCUCGCCGGCGCCGUCCCCGCGUGGCUCGGGGCGCUGCCGCGGCUCGGGGAGCUCGCGCUCUCCUCCAACGCCUUCGCGGGGCCGAUACCGGCCGAGCUCUUCAACUCCACCAACCUGCUGAAGCUGUCUCUCGACGGCAACGUGCUGAACGGCUCGCUCCCGGCGCAGGUAGGGAACCUGGCCUCGCUCAACGUGCUCAACCUCGCCGGCAACCGGCUCUCCGGGGCGAUCCCCGCGUCCCUGGGAAGGCUCCGCAGCCUCUACGAUCUCCGGCUCUCGCACAACCUCUUCUCCGGAGGCAUCCCGGCCGAGCUCGGGCAGCUGCAGGAGCUGCAGAGCGCGCUGGACCUCAGCGACAACGGCCUCACCGGAGAAAUCCCGGCCUCUCUGCGCUCGCUCUCCAAGCUCGAAGAACUGAACCUCUCUCACAACUCGCUCGCCGGCGCGGUCCCCGGCCAAAUCGCGGAGAUGACCAGCUUGGUGUCUCUCGACCUCUCCUACAACAAGCUCGGGGGCCAACUGGACGCGCGGUUCUCGCGGUGGCCGCCGCAGUCGUUCGCCGCGAACCUCGCCCUCUGCGGGCGCCCCCUCUCGCAGCUGUGCGCCACGGCCGGCCCCGGCUCCUCGAACUCUCUGAGGCGGUCGAGGACGCUGCAUUCGGCGUCCGUCGCCCUCAUCUCCGCCUCGGUCACGCUGGCUCUGAUGCUGGCGCUAAUCUUUGUCGCCGUGAAGAUCAAUCAGCGGCGGCACCGGAGGCGAACGAGCGAAGUGAACUGCGCCGCGUACUCGUCGUCGGGCUCUUCGCGCGCCGAUCGGCAUUUGAUCGCGAAGGGCUCCGGGCGCCGGGAAUUCAAGUGGGAGGCCAUCAUGGAGGCGACCUGCAACCUGAGCGAGGAGUUUGCGAUCGGGUCGGGCGGGUCGGGGACGGUCUACAAGGCCGAAUUGCCGACCGGCGAGACGGUAGCGGUGAAGAAGAUCGCGGGCGCGGGCGCGGGCGCGGGCGACCGGGACCUGGCUCUGCUGCGCGAGAAGAGCUUCUCUAGAGAGGUGAAAAUCCUCGGCCGGGUCAGGCACAGGCAUCUGGUGAAGCUGUUGGGGUUCCUCAGCAGCAACAAGAACAAGAACAAGAACAAGAGCAAGAGCACCAGCGGCGGCGGCGGCGUCGGCCUGCUCAUUUACGAAUUCAUGGAGAACGGGAGCUUGUGGGAUUGGCUGCACGCAGAUCUGCAGGCGACGGGCGGGCGGGGAGGCGAGAAGAAGGAUAAGAAGAAGGGGGAGUGCUUGGGCUGGGACGCGCGAAUGAAGAUCGCGAUCGGGCUGGCCAAGGGGGUGGAGUACCUGCACCACGACUGCGUGCCGCGGAUCUUGCACAGGGACAUCAAGUCCAGCAAUGUGCUGCUCGACGGAGACAUGGAGGCUCACCUCGGAGAUUUUGGCCUCGCCAAGGCGGCGGCCGCCGAGUCCUCCAAAGGAUGCACGACCGAGUCGGGCUCUUGCUUCGCCGGAUCCUACGGCUACAUUGCUCCGGAGUAUGCAUACACUUUGAAGGCGACAGAGAAGUGCGACGUGUACAGCAUGGGGAUAGUGCUCAUGGAGCUCGUGACCGGGCGGAUGCCGACGGACAGGAGAUUCACCGGAGACGUGGACAUGGUGAGAUGGGUGCAAUCCCGGGUUAACGGGUCUCCGAUGGCCGCAACAUGCGAGGAGCUAUUCGACCCCGCUCUCACCCCUCUGGGGCUGGGCGAGGAGUCGUCAAUGCUAGAGGUGCUCGACGUGGCUCUGCAGUGCACCAGGACUGCGCCUGCCGAGCGGCCCACCUCCCGCCGGGUGUCCGACCUCCUCCUCGACAUCUCCCGCAAGAACAUUCGUCGGUCUGCCUCCGCGAAGAUCGGCUGCAAAUAGUAAUUAGAGACGACGUGAUUUUUUUGCGUUUAAGCAGUGUCUGAUGAAUUUUUUGCCAAUGGAACAGUAACACCUAGUGGAAGAAGCGGCGAGGGGUACUCUCAAAGUGAUUGGUGUACGUAGUUGCGCUCUAUGAAUUCAUCAUCCGAAACAGGUGUAAAUGCUAAUUGUGAGCAUUGUCAUUUCUGGAAUGUAAUGUUUACAGUAAAAGAGCAGCGGCGGCAAGGAGUUUAUUUUA